AUGAAAAUGAAAAGUGUUUAUUUUGUGGCUGGGUUGCUUUUAAUGAUAGUCCAAGGCAGCUGGCAAAAUCCCCUUCAAGACACAGAAGAGAAAUCAAGACAACAAGGACAGGAGCAGAGAGAGAAUGAAAAAUAUUUGGACCCGCUCUCAAGCAAUGGACUUGCCAAGCGUCAUGCUGAAUUUGAGAGACAUGCUGAGGGCACCUACACCAGUGACAUUACCUCAUAUUUGGAAGGUCAAGCUGCCAAGGAAUUCAUUGCUUGGUUAGUGAAUGGACGAGGAAGAAGAGAUUUCCCAGAAGAAGCUCUUGCAGCUGAAAAAAUGGGCAGAAGACAUGCAGAUGGCACUUUCACCAGUGAUAUCAACAAAAUCCUUGAUGACAUGGCUGCCAAAGAGUUCUUAAAGUGGCUGAUUAACACAAAAGUUACCCAAAGGGACCUUUUGGAGGAAUACCAGUAG